AUGGGUGUCUCCAAGAUCAGUCUUGGCUUCCUCGUUUUGCUUCUGAUUGUCUUGUUGAGCGGGACGUCCAGCGACCCUCAUUCUCUUUCCUAUAAUUUCACCAUCUAUCUUUGGCCCAGACCUGGUCAGCCAUGGUGUGAGGUUCAAGGCGAAGUGGAUCAAAAGGUCUUUGUCUCCUGUGACUGUGGUACAGCUGAGAUCAAGUACUUGAGUCCAUUGGGAGAGGAAGUGAAAAGUAUGAACGCCUGGGAAACACAGACUGGUACACUGAGGGACAUUGGAGACUUGCUCAAGGAGCAAAUGCCUGACGUUACACCAGAGAGAUACACAGACAAGGGCCCUCUGACCCUGCAGGCCAGGAUGACGUGCUGGAGUAAACACAACGGACACAUCAAUGGAUCCUGGCAGUUUGGCUUCAAUGGAAAACUGUCCCUCCUCUUUGAUUCAGAGAAUGGACAUUGGAAAGUGGUUCAUCCUGGAGGGAGAUGGAUGAAAGAGAAGUGGGAGAAAGAUAGAACUGUUACUGACUUCUUCAAGAACGUCUCCAUGGGAGACUGUCAGCUCUGGUAUCAGGCUUUCUUGGAGCGCUGGGAGAGAAUGUUGAAGACCACGGCAUCACCGACCACAGGCCCCCCUACAGUGCAGUCCUCGGCCCCAGCCAUCAAUCACGUCACCUGGAUCCUCCCCGUGGCCCUCACCAGUUUCAUCAUAACUGUCUUCCUGGGCUGA